UCGUGCUUUUGUUUGUGCUUUGGGGGAAUCGAUUUUGUUGCUGAGAAACUGAAGGGAUUUAUAGUAGGGAAGUGGACCAAUGCAUAUGAUGGGAAGACGAUUGAGGUCCAAAAUUCUGCAACUGGCAAUGAUAUAACAAAUGUUUUGUGCAUUGGUAGAAGGGAGACGAACAAUGCAGUUGCUUCAACACAUGAUGCAUUUCCAUGUAAAGGUAUUAGAGCUGGUAUUCCAGUUGCUUUAUCUGGCGUAUUAUUUGUAGAUAAUGUGGCAAUCACUAUCUGCCUGUCAUCGGAUGUGUGA